AUGUCAGUCUCAGACUCGGACACCUUCGGUUUGCAAUUAGCCAAGUAUACUAACGUCGCUGCAUCAACAAUCCUAAUUUAUGAUUACUUUGUCACGUCACAUUCUGAAGUCCAAUGGGCCUGGGGACGGAAGUGGGGAAUUAUUCGCACCACCUUCACGGUUUCACGAUAUGCACCUUUUGCUGGUGCACUUAUGACUUCGUAUUCCGCUGUCAAGACAUGGGGCACUCAAGAUUGUGCACCCUUUAACGACGCUGUAAAUGGCGUACAUUUCUUGGGCAUCAUUGCCUCGGAAGGUUUGUUGAUUGCCAGGGUCUACGCAUUUUCCGGUAACAAAAAGGUUUAUCUUAUUGCUCUUUUGUCCUUUGGUUUGGCCAUCUUGGUGGCGUCUGUGAUUCUAAGUGCCGCCCCCAUCAAUUUCAACAUCCCAGGAGGCGAGGUCUUAAGGUUCACCCCUUAG